GCGCGCGGCCCCGCCCCGCGCGGUACGGCGCGGGCGCUGCGCGACGCCGCGGCCCUGCCGACCCCGAGCCGCCCGCCGGCCGCGCUGCGCAGAGGGUCCUGCCGCCCCUGGAGACAUGACCGGGCUGCGGCGGGCGGUGGGCGGCGAGGCGGGCCGCGGGCAGGCCAUCGUCUGGCGCAACGUGGUGCUGAUGGCGCUGCUGCACCUGGGCGCCGUCUACGCGCUCAGCCUGGUGCCGCGGGCGCAGCUCCUCACCCUGCUCUGGGCAUUUUUCUGUUUCUUGAUGACAGCCCUGGGUGUGACAGCUGGUGCACAUCGCCUGUGGAGCCACCGUUCCUAUAAAGCCAAGUUGCCUUUGCGGAUCUUUCUUGCUGCAGCUAACUCUAUGGCUUUCCAGAAUGACAUCUAUGAAUGGAGCAGAGACCACCGUGUGCAUCACAAGUACUCGGAAACAGAUGCAGACCCCCAUAAUGCCCGCCGUGGCUUCUUCUUUGCCCAUAUUGGCUGGCUAUUCAUGCGCAAGCACCGGGAUGUCAUAGAGAAGGGGAGGAAACUGGAUUUCACUGACCUGCUGGACGACCCCGUUGUCAGAUUCCAAAGAAAGUAUUACAAGAGUUCAGUUGUGCUGAUGUGCUUUGUGAUCCCUACCUUUGUGCCGUGGUACCUCUGGGGUGAGAGUCUAUGGAAUGCCUACUUCCUUGCCUCCAUCCUUCGGUAUACCAUCUCCCUCAAUGUCACCUGGCUGGUCAACAGUGCUGCUCACAUGUAUGGCAACCGCCCUUAUGACAAGUGCAUCAACCCCAGGCAGAACACCUUUGUCACUCUGGGAGCCAUUGGUGAGGGUUUCCACAACUACCACCACACUUUCCCAUUUGACUACUCAGCCAGCGAACUGGGCCUGAAGUUCAACCCCACCACCUGGUUCAUUGACUUCAUGUUUUGGCUGGGGUUGGUCACUGACCGCAAGCAGGCACCGAAGGAGAUGAUUCAGGCUCGCAAGGAAAGGUCUGGAGAUGGUAGUGCCUGAAAAAUAAUGCUUCACUGUGCCAGUGCAGUUGUGUGUGGGGCUGGGGUGUGUGCGCACCCUCAUGCCUGUGAUGGAUUUAUUUUCUUCUGGGUAAAAUUAUUUUUUUCAGAUGAGUUGGGCCAAAGUAAUUCUCUCGAGACAGAUUCGGCCCCAGUUUUUUUCCUUAUUAGCAGUCUUAUACCCAUACUUCAGAAUAUUAAGUGUAGAAAUGUUAUAUAUUAUUUAAUAUUAUAGUUAAGCUGGAGAGAGAUUUGAUUUUAGUCACUAGUCCAUGUCUGAAUUACGUUAUAAUUUACUUGUUCAUGGUAAACAUUGGCAAGCUAGAGGAACUAAUUAUCCUUUCCAAGUGCAGUUAGGAGAGUUUUUUUGUUUCUACUAUUGAUUAAAUAGCUUUUAAUUAAUAGCAUACCUCUCUGAGGGUAAGUGACAGGGCCCAGCAUGCUGUUUCAACUACAGACUAAUAGAAAGGACAGUAACAGCACCAAUAAAAAGCAGGAUGUCCAAGGGGAAAAAUCAGCCUAAAUGUAGGUAGACGUUAGUUUCAAAACUUGUUUUCUUCUUUUUGUUAGCCCCAUUAGCCAGCCCAGUGUGCUUCUGCUGUCCUUGCUAAUUACAAAAAAAAAAAAAAAAAAAAAGGAAACAAAACCAAAAAAAAUUGCUGAGCAGGCUUUUGUGUUGAAGAUAUACAGGCGGAAUUACCAUCUGAUGCUAUAGAAUCAUAGAAUCACUAGGUUGGAAAGGACCUACUGGAUCAUCGAGUCCAACCAUUCCUAACACUCCCUAAACCAUGCCCCUCAGCACCUCAUCCACCCAUCCCUUAAACACCUCCAGGGAAGGUGACUCAACCACCUCCCUGGGCAGCCUGUUCCCAUGAGAUUAUGUUGAGAUUAUUCCUCUGUUGUCACAUAUGCAUUGCAGUUUCUAAAGGUAUAGAGCUUAACUGUGUCAUAAGCCAAAUAAAGCUUUAGUUUCAAUGUUUUGGAGACUUAAGUUAUACUCUAAUUGGUUGUGGACAUUGAUGCAUGCAUAUUUUAUCUCUUUUUGCACAAGGGGCCUCUUAAUUUCUCUUUCUGCUUUUGACUAGCAGAUCUUGGGAAACUGACCUUUAGUGAGAGUCUCUACUAAUAUUUCAGCUGCAUGCAACAUCCAUUGGAUUCUGAGCAAAAUAUAAAGACAUUUAUUUAGCUUCUGAAUUUUAAUAGUUGCCUAAAAAAAAAAAAAAAAAGGCAUGUGGCAUUAAUGGGACAUAUAGCACUUUGUUAGAUGUUAGCCAAUGCAGGAGAAAGGCUUUGUACUGUCAGUACUGGAGCAUUUGUGAAGAUAGAGAGCAUGAUUUUCAUUUAUCAAGAAGGUUACUGCAUUGCCCCUCAGAGAGAGAGUGCAUGUUUCCCAGCUGUGUGCUGCCAUGCCCUGGGAAAUGCAAGGAUCUUGUGAUAACUAAGACUCAGUCCCAGAUAUUUUCAAGAAAGAUGUAGAACUGGAAAAAAAAGCAAAUAAAAUGUUUUUU